AUAAAAGAAAAUCAUAAAUUAUUUAUACAAAUAUGCUAAUAAAGUUUUAGUAUAUUUUAGUUUUUUUUUUAGUAGAUUUUAGUUUUUGAUUUAGUAGAUUUUAGUAGAUUUUGGCCAAACAUGCAGUAGAUUUCGUAAAUAAAAUGUGGCAACGCUGUCGGAGGCUUCAACCGAAUAAGUAACUAGUGGCAGAUAACCUAUCCACGUAAAAGUGGCGAAUAUUUCAUUCUUGUUUCAAGUCAUAGUAUUAUUUUGAAAAUAAAUUAUCCAAGUUUAUUACGUAUGUGUUUAGUGGGCUGAAGAAACGAGGUUGGAGGUUCGCAGCAGUGAUUUGUGGUUUAUCUGCCACUGGGGAAAAUCUUUUAACUACUCCUACCACCUGAGAAGGACCGCUUUUCGACCAAGUCACCUAGGGGACAAGUACUAGAGGAACAUGUAAUUUUUGUUCUUCAUUAUCCUGCAUUUUGGAGAAUUGCCGUGUUACGGUUGACUGCGUAGCACCAUUCUGUGCUUAAGACUUUACUGAGAAGUAGUAAGGAAAACUUGUGGGGACAAUAUAAGGUCAAUCUGGUUUGUUUCGGGAACUUUUUAUAUUUAACAGUGCAAUAGUUAUCUACCUAUACCAGUACACUUAUACACUUAUUUUUUUUAUAAUAUCCAGAACAUUUAAGUAAUUAACAUACACAUAAUUCAAUAGCGCUCCCACACCUGUAUGUCUCUUUGUAAAAGAGGAUAAUUUGGGCCCAAAUAACCUUUUCCCAUACAGUAGUUCCUUACAUUUAUUUUUUAUUAAUAUUAUUAGACUUGUUUCCCAUAUUUUUCAUAUAACUAUAUAUAUAUUUUAAUAUUAUUAGCUUGUUUCUUGUAAUUUAAAUUCCCAAUUUGUUUGCUUAACUUAAAUUCCUUUGUUAUUAAAUUAAAUUCAAUCCCUAAUCCCUAUCCCUUCAGGAUAUCUAUUAGUUUUACUUGGUCAUUAUUAAAACCACGAGUCAGAAAAAGGAUCUUUAUCAUCCAGGACUGCGUUGGUUCAGUUAGGUGUUGCCUAUUCAACUCAUUGAGUUAUAUAUAUUUGUAUGGUUCAUCCUAGGUAGGUAUUUUAGUAUUGAUUUCUUGUAGUAUUUAACGUUGCCGUACGUAUUACAAUCGUACGAUUAUUUGGUGAAGGUUGUUGUUUAACCUUAGUAUAAGUUGGGGGUACGCUCCAUAUAAGAGCUACCCCAGUACUAAUGUAAUUAUAGUUGUAUACUCAUAUUCAGAUAAGUAGUUAAGUCAAAUUGUCAUUUUAGAGUUACAUAGGUUGUAUUUUUUCUAACUCAGAGGUUGUCAAUAAUCUAGGUAGUUAUAUUUUAAUAAAUAUUUAUUUGUUUGUAUAUCAAUUAUUUUUUUUCCCAUUUUUGAAUUUAAUAAUUUAAUAUAUUGAAUAAUUUACAGCAGUGUAAGAUACCUGGGAGUUCGGUCCAUCCCUACUUCUGGCGCCCGCAAUUUAGUCUAUUUUAUUUAUCUCUUAUAUUUUUCUAUUUUUAUUAUAUUAAUAUUUAUUCUAUCUAUUUUAUAAGCCUCUCUUUUUAUAUUCAUAUUUCUGGUUCUAGUCAUCAUCCCUCUUUAGUUUAAGCUACUGUUCUUCGACAGGCAUGCAAACGAGCCGUAUCCAUCCUUGAGUGUCAAGUUGCUCUCUUGCAUCUAUAGCUAGCAUACUCUAUUAACAUUUGUCUCCCCAUACUUCUAUUAUCAGUUCCUCACCCACUCACUCAUUUCACCUUAGCAUUCUAGUUCUACAAAUACUACUGCAAAGUAGUCUUUUGUUACAAAUGGAAUUGCCUGAUACUAAAAGAUGAUCUUCUGUACAGAACCUUUGAGAACGAUGAUGGUACAGAAUCUAAGCUUCAGUUGAUUUUACCUAAAAGUAAAGUGUCAGAAGUAUUGCGUCAGUUGCAUGACGGUACAUCAGGUGGACACUUUGGUAUUACGAAGACUCUGCAAAAGGUUCGAGAACGGUUCUAUUGGGUGAACUGUAAAGAUGAUGUAAGAAGAUGGUGCCAGAAAUGUGAACUGUGUGCAUCCGGUAAUGGUCCAGUUGGUAAAAAGAGAGCACCCAUGAGACAGUAUAAUGUUGGCAGUCCUAUGGAAAGAGUAGCAAUCGACAUUGCAGGUCCAUUUCCAGAAACUGAUGCUGGAAAUAAAUACAUCCUGGUAGCCAUGGAUUAUUUUACGAAAUGGACCGAGGCCUAUGCAUUACCAAAUCAAGAAGCUGCUACUGUGGCAGAGGUACUUGUUAAAGAAUUGUUCAGCCGAUUUGGUGUUCCCUUGGAGAUCCACUCCGACCAAGGGCGAAACUUUGAGUCAGCUCUUUUCCAAAACGUUUGUAAAUUUAUUGGUGUCAAUAAGACCAGAACAACACCCCUGCAUCCUCAAUCAGAUGGGAUGGUCGAGAGGAUGAACCGAACGAUGGGUAAACACUUGUCCAAAGUUGUAUCUGAAAAUCAGCGAGAUUGGGACCAACACAUUCAUUUAUUCCUAAUGGCCUACCGCUCGGCCGUAAAUGAAACUACAGGUCAAACACCAACCUGCCUGAUGUUGGGUCGUGAAGUUCGUUUGCCCUGCGACCUAGAGUUUGGCUGCAGACCUUCCGAGGAACAUGUUGCAGGCGAAGAAUACGUCGACCGCCUGAAGUUACGAAUGAACAAUAUUCAUGAAUUUGCCCGACAACACAUCCAGAUAGCCAGUGACAGAAUGAAAGAUCAAUAUGAUUCUCGAUGCAAGAAUGAAAGCUUCGAAAUAGGUGAUCUUGUCUGGCUUUAUAAUCCACAACGUCGUCGCGGCCUGUGUCCUAACCUGCAAAGACAAUGGGAAGGUCCGUAUGAAGUUAAGAAGAAAAUAAAUGACGUAAUAUACAGAAUUAAGAAGUUACCAAACGGUAAACCAAAAGUUAUUCACAUAAAUCGUCUUGCACCAUAUGCUGGCUCAAAUGAAACAGAGGAAGCCCGAGUCCUCCAACAGGAGAUGAAAGAUGCACCGCAGCCAAGUUUUAAGGAAUUUAUGUCAAAUUACGCAGAACGAAAGAGUGCUAGAUUCGGCGUGACAACAGAAGUUCAGCAAGAUCUGUUUGGUGUUCCAGAAAACGUCUCUCUAGCCCACUGUGUUGCCCAAGACCUCGAGAUGACUAAAGGAAUCUCGUCCGUAUUCAAUAGAAAGUUCGGCCGCCUGGACGAGUUAAGGAAUCAACACCCUAAAAUUGGAAGAGUACUGCGAUUGGAAGGUGGUCCUCGAUCUUUGCUGUAUAUGGUGACCAGGAAGUCUUAUACGGACACGCCAAGCUACGAGAACAUAUGGCGUGCUCUAACUAAUUUGAAGAAAAUCGUGUGUAAUUAUGACAUCAAAGAUUUGGCUUUACCAAAAAUAGGCCAUGCAGUAGAAAAUUUGGACUGGAAGAUUGUGAGAAGCAUGCUUGAAGUGAUCUUCAGAGAAACUGGCGUACGAAUUACUGUGUGUUGCAUGAACCCGAAGAUGUCAUACCCUUCAAAGACAGUAGACUGCUACUUCUUUUCUAUGGGUGUAUGCAGAGCUGGAGAAUCCUGUAGAUUCCGCCAUCCUGGGCCUUCAUCUAGAGUUGCUGAUCGGGACGCUCAGAUCUUAAGAGGGGAGCAGUGUAACAAAAGAGAAAUCUUGGCCGACCGCCGUAUAACAGUAAACACCUCGAGAAUGACGUAAUCGAAUGAUCUAGGCCUCGGCGGAAAGGAGGAGGAACUUCUCGAACGUACGACCCGUAGGCGGAACACGCUGAUAGCUAGAGAUGGGCGUCGAUUGUUCCAGAAUAACAACUGGGUAUAAAUACGGGCAUAUUUGUAAAUAAAGUUUAGUCUUAAGCUAAAGUUUGUAAAGUAAACUUGUAUAAAUAAAUAAUAAAGUCGUAAAUAAAUACCCGAACGCUCGUUUUUGUUACAAUAUGAAUCUAUAUGUAAGAUCUUAAGACCUGUUGUUACAUAUGGGAUGGAAACAACGACGAUUAGAAGACGAAACAACGACAAGAAAUUUGAAAGAAAUUUCCUUCUGAAAAGCCUUCUGAAAUUUGAAAGAAAAAUAAUGCGAACAAUACUGGUCCACAAUGUAACAAGAGAGGGAGAAAUAAGAAUGAAAACAAAUGGCGAGAUUGAAGAAGAAUUAAAGAGAGAAAAUAAGUCAGAUACAUAAAAUCAACCCAACGCA